CUGUGUGGUCUGUCUGUGUGUUAAAUAAACAAUUGGUACAGCAUGUUACCGCGGUGUUAUGAAAAUAAUAAAAUAAAAUAAAGUAUAUAUGUAAUUGCCCGUACAGGACGUUGAUGAGUACCUUCUUCAUACGUUACAGUUGAAGUCAGAAAGAGGUUUCACCAAAUUUCACCAUGUCUAAUACAGUAGUUCAAUAUGUUUUGUUGCGUAGUGAUUUGUUGAAAGAAUUGGGUUGGUCUAUUGGAGCAUUGGUAGCACAAGCAUGCCAUGCAGCUACGGCAGUUUUACACCUUUACAAAGACGACGAGCAGACAGUACGCUAUUUGAACGAUUUAGACAAUAUGCACAAGGUAGUUUUAGAGGUUCCAAAUGAAGAAACACUGAAGAAAUUGGCUGAAAAACUGAAAGAGAAUGACAUAGCUUAUAAAUUAUGGAUUGAACAACCAGAAAAUAUAGCCACAUGUCUCGCCCUGAAACCAUAUCCAAAAGAUGAGGUGAAAAAAUUUGUAGGAAAAUUUAAAUUAUACAAAGCAACACUGGACACUUCACAAUAGUAGGUAUAGUUAUAUUUCUUAUAAAAUCGGAUAUUACGCAGGAAAAUAAAUUAGUAUCUAUUAUUUUUAUUGUUUCAACAUUUUUUAAAUAUUGAUAUUAUUUUACUUUGUUUAGUAUUUUUGUACAUACCAUCAAUACAGCUACAGCAGUCAUAAAAUUCUUCUUCUUCUUCUUCCUCCUUCCCUUAGUCCCAGUUCUAUCUGGGGUCGGGCCUCCUUGUACGGCGGCGCCAGGACGCUCUAUCCUGGGUUGUCAUAGGGGUAAGGUUUCAGGGACAGCAGUCAUAAAAUAAAUUUUACAAAAUUGCACUUACCAAAUACCCUAAAUACCGUUGGUAAACCUUUUCCGGUCCCUGGUUCAAAGUAAUAUACGAUUUCAGAUUUAAUAAUGUCAAGUCUCAUUUGACGGGUUAUUUCACUAUUGUAUCAAAAACGAAAAAUUACAUAUUUAAAUAAAAACUUACAUAUCUGUUUCCACAUUUAUAAUUAUUAAAAAGACCUAUAUACAAAAUGCGCCAAAUAAGUUCGCUUUUAAAAACUUACGCGCCAUGCUUCCUUUGCUAGCAGAAUGAAAGAUUCUUAGUGUAUUAUUGGCUUCAUAAUGUUUCGUCUUUAUUAAUCUAUAUAUGUAUAUAGUAUGUGUAUAUUAUAUUUUGUAUAUAUAUGUUAUUAUAUGUAAUUUUUAUUUGAUUGGUUUUGCUGUUGAAAUUGUAGCAUCGCUCACAAACUCUCUGCUUAGCCUUAAGGUUGACUGAUAGAGAAUGCCUUAUGGCAUUAAGUCGGCCAUUUGUACUGUAGGGUUUUUCUUUUGUGCAAUAAAGAUUAAAUAAAUAAAUAAACAAUACCAUUAUAAAACAUUAAGAAUCAAUAAAAUGAUACUUUUUAUUUUCACUUACUGUAAUGUAUUGUUGGUCAUCAAACAUUUACAAGAUAUUCAUAUUUUUUUCUCCAUACAUUCCAAAAAUAAAGUAUUAUAGGUCGAAAAUUAACAGAGUUAUAAUUAUAUGACACAAUAUUUUCUGUAACAAAUAUACAGCGAGCCAUUUUUAAUUAAACUAUAUCUCAAUAAUUAAAUCUAUACAAAUCAAUAACGAAACUAACUAAACUUACUAAAAACAACUUCAAUUAAAAAUGCUACCAAUGAAAUUGCACAACCACAAAGAUAUGUGUAAUAAACUCCUGCUAUAUUAUUAAAUGACACCGGUUCCGGUUUUGAAAGAUUAUGUUUAUUUUUGUAAUACUUUAGUUUGUUCAUAUGAAUAUAUGCUAACAUAGACCUCUGAUGAAAUCCAAAAGCAAUGACGUGACGUUCAAGAAAGCGUAUUCGCUUUAAAUUGGGGUUACCUUUCCUUAAGUAACCUGUUUUGAAGAUACGGAAAUAUGGAACUACCACCUGGUGUAGCAUUGCUUCACCUUUAUCGUUAUAAAACUCUGCUUUAGAAUAAAGGUAAUUCAACCUAGAGACAACAGUGUACCGUUUUCUUUUAUAUGCAACUGCUUUUAAAGCGUCGAGGUCGGUUUUACAUAUCGUGCUCUUUUGUACUAAUCCUCCUAAAUCUAGCUCCUCGCUUCCCUUCAUAUAAUUAUAAUUAGCUCUACUUAAGUACAAUUUAUAGUUAUGGCUUAGUAUUUCGGGCAAGGAAUUAACUUGGCUAUAAUACAUCGGUCUUGUAAAUAUACUUGUUAAGUCGCUUUGGUAGAAACUCAUAAUUAGCCAAGCAAAUAAAGCCCAAGAUAGCACAAAACAUGUAAUCUUUUCUUUAGGCGGAUUAUUAGUUAAGUAACUGAACAUAUCAAAUGUCGUUAAAGCUAAGUGGUAUAAGUUCCUGUUAACACUAAAUUUAAAAAAAUAUGCUACUAGAGUCACACAUACAAACGCCAGGGAAAUAAGUCCCCAUACCAAUGGCUUAAACACUUUGUACAGUACUACCCAUUUGUCAAUUUGCCUUGCUUUUGGUACUAUUAACACGAAAUCGUCAAAAAAAUGAGGGUAAGUAAAAUCAAAAACUUGCAAUCUGUAAUGGGAGAGAAUUGUUGAUCCCAAAAGGUAGUCUACAGCACCUCGUUGAAGCAACCCAAGAAUACCUGAGACUGUGUGAUUUUCACAAACCAAGCCAUUUCUGGUCAAAUUUGAAUUAUAUGAAAUAAAAAUAUUAGUGAAAUUAAUUCUCUUUAAAAUUCUUAUGAAUUCUUCUUCAUAUCCAAAUGGCUCGUCAUGGGUAUCCAAUGGCAUAAAUACCAGUGGAUCCGAAACGCUCACUAUCACAGAUAUAUUGCAUUCUGAGUACUGUGUUUUAUGUCGUUCUUCCAAAGAGGCUUUAAUAUCUGCCCAAAUAGGUGAAUCGUUGUCUGACGAGAGAAUAUCACAUUUAUAUUCCCUAAUAGCAUUUACAGUAAAAUUGCAAUGUUCACCAAGUUGAAAAUCAUAAAAAUAUAUAAUAUCAUGAAGAACAAGUACUGUUUUGAAAACGUAUUGAUGAUGUAGUUUUCUGAAAAAAUGUUCUUGGCGACGGCUAAAGUGUUUGACUGUUACGAAAAAUAUUGCACUGGGAUUCCAAUACAUAUCCUUUACCAAAUCGUCGAAUCCGUUUACGCACUCUUCGAGGUUAUCGCAAUGAACAACAUAAGCUUCGUUGUGCUGUUUAAUUCUUGUAGCCAAAAAUUUCCUCACCUGGGUUAUAAUAUUCAGCGAAUAAAUAUAUUCAAGGAAUUUGUUGUUCUUAACAUUGACCAUAGUUACAUCUUUUAACACUGCUGUAUUUUUAAUAAUUUUCAAAGAACAAUGGUUAUUGUUAUGGUCAUCAAUAAAUUGUGUUAACAUGGCUGGUUUUGUAGCGCUUGAUGACUGUAUGAAAUAAAUGGUGGUCGUAGGCAAUAUGUAUGUAAUGAAGUAAAUUAAAUUAGCCAUACCUAUAUCUCUAUAAUCUAUAGGACCUCUGGUCUAUACUAUACUUUUGAAUAAUUCUCUGUCUGUCUGUCUGUUAUAAUGCAUUGAGCUUACUUGAAUGUAGGUACAUAAGUAAAUACACACCUACACUACACCUUUAAUAAAUCAGGCUCUUACCAAUUACAGUACCUACAUUUUAGGGAUCCGUCAUGUUAUAGGAUAGGUACGUGAUGGUGCGUUUUAUAAAACUAAAAGUUGGCUGUUUGCGUCUCUUUGUAACAAAUAUGGUUGUUAGAAGUAGUGGCAAACAGCGAAAGUGUGACUGUGAAAACUUAAGAAAACUGGGAGGCCAAUUCAAACGUAAACUUUGACAUCAAAACGAUAUCUACUUAACUGAUGUCAUUCGCGUGUGCAUUUCGCUUGUACUUGUAUUUUGUUUUUUGUUAAAUAUCUCGUUUUAUAGAGAGGUACACUGGUUUUUAUUAAAGGUACAAUGAGGUACACUAAAGGUACAAUAUGUUUAUAAGUAUUUUGUUGAAAUCGCAGAGGUCCACCCGCCAUUCUGACGCUCACUAUUCAUGUAUUGGUGCGAUUGAGAUGCACGCGGGCGAAUUAAAACAAAAUGACAUCAUAUAGCUGUCAUUUUUCUAUAAGUGAAAACCUAUAAUUGGCUUUCUAAUUCUAUUAUAGUUUUUAAAUAUGUAUAGCGCUGUUGGUUUUCCAUGUACCAAAAUAAAAUAAAAAUAUUUUUUUUAAUGUCAAAUGUAUGUUUGAAUUGGCGUCCUGACCCUCUCCUGACCCAAGUUUUAAUUAAAAAUGAAUAUGAGUAUGUAGCGUAAGCAUUGGUAAAUAAAUAAAAACUAUGUAUAUGUAUAUAUACAUCAGGAUUCAGGUGUCAGGGUGCUCUAGAAUUAUAUGUUAUUGUGUAAAAAAAAUCUGAGGGCGCGAAACACGAAAAUUGAAAUUUCGUUGUCUGUCUCUAUCACUUGCUUAUUCAAGCGACAGAGAGGCAGAUGACGAAAUUUCGAUGUUCGUGUUUCGCGGUAGACCCUCUCUGAAUCAACCCUUGCACGAUAGAAGUAAACAUUUAGUAUUAGUUAUUUUAUAUAAUAAUAAAAUAGCGCAUUAGUUUAAAUUAAUUAAUGUAAUUUACUUUAAUGUACCUUUUGACCGAUUCUAUUUAAUUUAAAUUUAACUCUAAAUUGGUAAUUGUAAUUGUUGUUAAAUAAUUGAUUUUUAAUGUUUGUCUGUACAUUGUUUAGAAUCUGUAAUUGUAUACUGUAGAUAAGUAGCAAAAUCGUUUAAAUUAAUAUAUAUAUAACAUAAACAUUGGAAAGUAGAUAUGACAUGGUGCCAGGCGCUGCCAGCCACGCCUCGAAGCGCCAUAAAAUUAAAUGCCUAAUAUAUUUGAAGCUAUGACAAAAAAUUACUGAUUUAUAAUAAGUAAAAAAUAAAUACUGCGGAAUCCUAUCCUUCAAACGUAUUUUAUUAAUACGUGUUGUUUGUUAUACAGCUCCAAUUAUGGCCAAAGUUAAUCAAUUUUACUGUGUCUACAAUUUGUCCAUUCGACGUAUUUCACCCUAUCCAAGUAUUAUAAUUUACUAACGAUAAGAUAUAUAAGAUCGUCAGACACGCUGACACGCAACGUUGAUGGAAAAAAACAAAUGCAUACUCAUUAGUAAUUAUUAUACUUAAAUGAAAAUCAACAGAAUAGUUACCAUUCU